CGAGAACGAACGGCCGGGGCCCGACUCCGGAGACUCAAAGUACGUUUCUGUCGUAAGAGAAGGUGCCGCGGUACGUGUUAGUCGUCAGCGGUUCUCUCAGUAAUUCGUCCGUCUAACUCUUGCGGAGUAAUUCCUCGCAAGUUCUCGUCAUCUUUUAAUUUUUCCCUCUUUUACUGUUUCUUCUUUUUCCUUUCGCCACUGUUCGAAUGCGAGUGAAACGUGCGCGCGGUUUUGGAAUUUCGAUACGUUAUCAGUGACGAAAGGGGUGAGAGAAGAAGAGAAAAAAAUUACUCGUGUUUAUCGGUGUACACUGUGCUAUGGGGAUCUAAGAAUAUCAGUCAAGAAACGAGACGCAUGACAGACGAUAUCAAGCCGGUGUCAUCAGGUGAGGGCUCAGCAGUUUUCGGCGACGUGAUCGAGAAAUGUCGGAUGCCGCCGGCACGGAUAAUCCGGCGUUCGCCAACGAGGAUGAGAACGGUUCCAAGUUGGAGAACGGCGGCCAGCAACAAGCGGCUUUAAAUCAGGAUCGUAAGUCGGCGGACGGUACGCCAGUAGAAAAUGGCCACCAGCGAUCCUUCAUCUCCCAACACUACGUCGAGCCCAUUAAGCCGAGCUCGGAGCCGUGUUAUAAAACGGAAACGAGGAUCGAGGUGCCGGCUGAUAACACGGAAAAGAGCUUGCCGGAACCGAAGCUUAAUGGCGUUCACGGAAACGGCAACAACAACGACGCGAGCUUCCUCAACAACAGUGCUACAAGUGUGCAGAUCAACGACUCUGGAAAGAAGGAACAAAUCGAGGCCGUAAACCUGGAACUGGUCUCGAUGAGGCCAUACACGGGCAACAAUAUCCAAACGAAAGGUCAGGAAGCUUGCGAGGUACCAGCUGAUCCUUACGAGGAGUAUUUCGUACCGGUUAACGAGCAUCGAAAGUACAUCAGCAGGGGUCCCGAGGCCGAAGUAGAAACAACCGUAGCUGGAGUACGUUUUGAUUUGGGCCCCGGAGUCGGCCGCGAGGGACUCAGCCUGAGAGACCCUGCCGCCGGACUGGUCGACUAUUCCCACUGGCUGACAGCCCUCAGGGGCGAGAAACUUUACGUCACGAAGGACAAAAGAUCCAGGAAUUCGUACUGGAGAAGAAUGGCUUGGGGAUGCGCGCUAUUAGUCGUGAUGAUUGCCGUGAUUAUUGCCAUUCUGGCCGCAACUGGUGUAUUCCCGACACAAGAAGCUACGGAACCCUUGGAGAACUUUGAAAAUAGUAAUACUCGCCAAAUUAAUGAAGUACAGACUGCUGGAAGUCAAGAAUAUAUAAAGGAUCCACCGUUAAGUCCACCACCUUUAACUUCGACUUUUCCACCGUGGCCUACGACUGAAGAAACACUAUUCCAAAUUGUACCAGAUGCUUUGGAUGGAACAUUGAGAUUAGACGAUUUCAAUUGGAAUGAUGAUUUGAGCGAUAUCAAGUCGCGAGUGUACAGACAAGUAAGCGCUGAAAUAGAGAAGCAUCUAGGGAAUAUUCUUCAACAAACAGGCAGCACAUCUAUAAUCAAAGUAUAUGAUAUUAAUAAGGAAGGCGAGGUAAAAUUCAGAAUAAGUCAUCCACCUCGAAAUGCUCCUGAAGAAAAUCAAGAAUAUAUUGAAGACAUGAUACGAAAAAAUGGUAACAUGAUUGGACAGUAUCAUUUAAACAGACUUCACGUAGGAAAACUUAUCGAUCAAUGUGAACAUAGUAACCUCGGAUGCACUGGAAGCUGUAAAUACGAUUAUCCCGCUGGUAUAUUUGUAUGUACCUGUAAUUCAAAAGAAAUCUUGGAUCAGGAUGGCAAAACCUGUUUACCUGAUAGCGACUUGAGUAAUGUUGAAAUGGACGAUAUAAGUUCGCAAUCCAGCACGGAACCAAUUAAUGAUUUUCAGGGUAGAAGUAGAGAUCCAGGAGCGGUAGAUUUUGAACCCAGGCAUCCCAAUACUUGGGAAAAUCCGGAUUUUAAGAUAAAUUCAGCAGAAACAGAUACAUCUAUAUUGGAGCCUAACACAAAACAUCACGAGCAAUUUGAUCAGAAAUCAGCAAUAGAUCAGCCAUCGACAUCAACGACGGAACAUAUUUUUGAAAAUGAUAAUUUCCAUUGGAAUGAACAUUCACAUCAUUCGAUAGAAACCACUUCUGAAACAGAACCGUCUAUUAAACCAUUUACUACAGAACCAACAGUACAAUCAUUUACUGUCCCUAUCUUUGAACAAGAGUAUGUACCUUCUGCUGAACCAGAACCUAUUGCUGAACCAGAACCUACUGCUGAAUCAGAACCUACUGCUGAACCAGAACCUACUGUUAAAUCAGAAUCUGUUGCUGAACCUGAACCUACUAUUAAGUCAGAAUUUGCUGUUGAGCCAGAGUCUACUGCUAAGCCGGAGCCUACUAUUGAAUCAGAAUCUGCUGCUGAACCAUCUGCUGAACCACAAUCCACUCUUCCACCAGAAAUAACUAUUCAACCAGAACUUACUGUUAAAUCGGAAUCUACAACUGUACUCGAACCUGUUGCUGAAUCAAACCCCAAUUCUGAAUCUAUUGAUGAAUCAGUGCCCACUGUAAAAUCAGAAAUUAUUCCUGAAAUGGAAUCUACUAUUGAAGCAGAACCUAUCACUGAACAAGAAUUUACUGUAAAAGCGACGCCCGUUACAGAAUCAACAGCACCUAUAAGUAAAGUAGAUAGUGAAAUAAAAUCAAACACUCAGUUUCAUUAUUUGACGACAGAACCGUAUUUGGAGUCAAAAACUGAAAUAUUCAAUCAACCUGAAACUACUGUUAAAUCAAUAUCGCAUGACAAUAUGUCUGGUGAAUCAUCUACACAAACAUCACUUUUGAACGAUGUUAAUACGACUGAUAUGCCUAAAAUUCUUAUUGAUUCAACAGUUAAAAAUGACUCCAGAAAUGAGGAAUUUCUAACCACGACUGUAAAAACUAGUGAAAAUCCAGUAAACAAUGAUAAAUCUCUGGAGGUAAUACCUUUAAUAUCUAAAAAUAAAUCUACAGUUAUCAAUGAUAAUAUGGAAACUAAAACGGAAACGAUGACAAUGCCAUCUUAUGCUAACAAUGAUGAUAAAAGUACUGAAAGUACAACUAUCGAAACAAGUCUGACUACUUUAAAUUAUGAAAAUUUUAAAUAUAAUGAUAAUGAAAAUAUUACAUCGGUCAAGCCUGAGGAAUCAGCAACGGAGCAAUUCACACGAAAUCCUAAUUUGCACGAAAAUAAAGAAAUUGAUUCUACUACAGAAAUAAAUCUUGAUGGAAAUUUAAAUAAUAUUCAGGAGAAAAACUUUUCUGAUGAAUACAAUUUAACCAAACAACACUAUUCAAACACUAGAUCAGAUGUUACUGAACAGUCUACUUUAACUACUCCUGCAACUACUGUGCCGAUCGUAUCAACAGAAGAAACAGAAUUGACUACUAAGUCUAUAAAUAACGACAGAAAUUUCUUGUCAUCGACAGAACAUUUCCAUACAAUAGAAAUAAAUGGUAUAAGUAAUAAGAAUCCACAGGUGUACAGCCCUAAAAUACGUCCUGAAACAACCACAAUGUCGGAAACUACUUCAACUGACAUAUUUACUCAAUCAAUACCUGGAUAUCGACAAGAAUACAUCCCCGAACCUGCGUUACAACCAGAUUUAAACGAGAAAAAUGUUAUCGAACAUAUGCCAACAACAGUGUUUCCUAAAGUACCGAAAAAUUUUGCCCACAAUGUCGAGCCACUGAAAGAACCCAUCGCGAAAACGGACGACGAACAUAUUAUGCUGAUACCGAAAUCCGAACAACCAGUUGAGAUACACGCGAUAAUUCCGCAACUCAUUCCGGAACAAGUUACAAAUAAAUCUCUGAGAGCAGAAAAUUCGACGACAGAAAGAAAUAACGGAAUCGUAGUUAAUGAAGAUAUAAAUGCCGAAAAGUCGGCAGAAGACGCAACCUCGAUCGGCUUAUCCGCGCGUCCUAAUGAUAAACCCACGGCAGGUCCUGAUGAAAUUCAAGAACAUUCAACGAGUCAUCCUCUUCAUCCGGCAAUAUUCCCAGAAAACUCAGUUGAUCAGUUUGCAGGAAAACCUGACGAUCGACCUGUUGAGGAUAUGUCGCCAUUCUUACCGGACGUUCACAGGGAGAAAGAAAGUAUGAAGAAAGCGCCACGCUUGGAUAAAGACGAGCAAGACAUUCCUAAUCCUUUCGAAACUCACAUCGACGAUAUUAUAACACAUCGGCCAUUAAUACAUAAUAAUGCAGACAGAGUGAACGAAACCGAAACCAAAGAUUUAUUGAAUGACGUUAAUGACUCGCAUUCGGCACAGGACGAAAAGAAGGUGGAUAUUACGAAAAAAGCUGCGCAAAAUCACGAAAUGAAUAUAGACAACGACGCUAAUAACAUUGUCAAGAAUGAUUUAAAUAUCAGCGAAGUUAUCAACGAUACAGAAUCUAAAAUUCAGAACGUGUUGCAGCAAGAUAGUUCUUCAAAAUCAAUUAACAACGGAACAGAAGAUAUUAUAGAUCAGAAAAACAGCGUUCUCUCUAAAGAUAAUGACGAAGAAUCAAAAGUAAUUCCAUUGCCGGUAAAAGAUAAAUCGGUAGAUUCAAUUUCUCAAACUACAAUGCAAUCUAUAGAUAAAGAAACGUCAGAACCUGUGGAGAUCGCUAUGAUGACUUCUGCCGGAAAGAAAGUAGAGGAAGAAGUUGGAAGUGUCGCGAUAGAAAGUAGUGUGACCAGCUCAGAGAAACCAGAAGAAAACGCUGUCGAAGAUCAUUACAAUGAUAUUACGGAUGAAACUUUAGUGAAAGGAUAUCAACACGAUAAUACCGAUAAGAAAGUUCCGGUUAAAGUCAUAGAGACAUCCAAGAAAGCGGUUUUGAAUAACAUUGAACCUCUAAAAAUUCCUUACAACGAUCUACGUUCAUUCGAUGUUACAAAUAAAAAGAAUAAAACGGACGACAGAAUAUUUACGGUGCCAAAUCCGAUCGCAAUCUGGAAAGAUGCGGACAUGACAGAUGACAGAUUGACCACUCAAGAACCUGUGUUACCAAUGGAAAUCCAACAAGAGAUGUUGACGACAAUAGCAAUCGACAAAGCUGAAACCAUCACUGUUAUUGAUGACAAACAAGCUGAGAAAAAUACGGAACACCCAACCGUUGACCAGUCCAACGAAAAAGAAAUUAUUACAACAACCCAAGCAACACUUGAAACUAAAACUACAGCCCAGGUCCCGAUCUUGCCCGAGGAGCUGCAAACGACAGAAAGCGAGAUAUUAACGACGAUGUCAAGUGAAGACAAGGGAGUGAAAGAGGCAACUGUCGAUAAAACGGAAUCAUCAAUUUCGAUAGAUAAUGUUAACGAUGAGAUGAAAAAGAACGAUGCCGAAAAAGAGAAAGAUGAUGCCGAUGCUGUUGCGCCCAGCGAUGCAAUGGAUAUGAACAGUACGUCGGAAAGAAGCAUGGCAGCGACGACGGUAUAUGAAAAUAACGUAAAUAUAGAAUCUGGUCAGAGAAUAGAAACUAAUAACGAAAGGGCGACCGAGAAUGCGACGGAAAACGCAAAAGCUGCGACUACUCUUAUGAUGUCUACGACGGAAAAAGUAAAUGGCGUGGAAGGAACCUCGCCUAUGCCCAAUGAUAUCACCACCACGGAAGACGUCAGACCAGUUACAGAACUGUUGGAUGACACGCAACCCAUGAUAGAUUACAGAUCGCUACUGUUCACCACGAUACCGCCAAAAUCGAUAUCAUUUGACUCGGAAUUGCCUGAAGAAGCGCUUAGGGUAAUACCGCUGGAGAAAAGUCCGGAAAGCAAGAAGAAAUCGAUCGACAAGAAAGGAUUCGAUAAGUACAAGUACAAAAAAGAGAAAGAUCUGAGUCUGGAGGAUCAGAAUGAGGAUAACGUGUUAACGGAAAGGUCUAAUCCAGCGAUCUUUUCGCAAACGGAACUUCCGAUAAUUACCACCGGAGAUCGCUACGAGGAAUUAAACGAUAGUGUGGUAAGCUCCGAUUUAGAUCUAAGCAUACCCAGGUUCAUCGUGGCUGACAAAGAUACAGGCAACAUCCUGCCCGCGUCAAAGUUAAAUCCGAGCUUGGAUAAAAGUGAAAAUAAGGAUACGGUCGUAGAAACGAAACCUAAGAAUUAUCCUAGCUUCAUACCCGUGUCGGAAGAAAUAAUAGAGUCGGUACCCGUCACGGAACCCUACGUAAUCACCCUACGAAAUUACACUUAUACUCAUCCCGUAAUCUCACCGGACGGCGCCGACAGCACGGCUGUGAACGAGACGGCAAACGAAGGUCGUGCCAAUGCGAGAGCGAACGAGACGGCUGGACAGGACGUCACCUUUUUCUCGGAUCAAUCGUUCAGCGACACCGAGGAAACGGAAGUGGAGCGUAUUACGGAAGAACCGAGUCGGUUGACCGUGCGAACCUCACCGUUGAACGUCGAAAGUACUACCGCUGCCAUCAACAGCUCUUCGGAAUUUCCAUCUUUUCCAUUUUUUUCUAAAUGCACCACCGGUCAAUUUCAAUGCGUCAAUGGUACAUCGAGGGAUGGCGCAUAUUGCGUAUCACAGUCCGCCAAAUGCGACUCCGAACAUGAUUGUUCCGACGGCUCGGACGAGUUGAAUUGUGAAGCGGAAGGUUGCCUGAGUAAUUUUCGCUGCGCUAGCGGACAAUGUUUGAAGAGGCAUCUUGUUUGCAAUAAAAUCAUAGACUGCGACGACGGCAGCGAUGAGCACGAUUGCGAAAACUGGCAGUGUCAAUCUGAUGAAUUCCGAUGUCCAAAUGGAAGAUGCAUUCCGGGAUUGUGGCAAUGCGAUGGUCGACCCGACUGCGAAGGACACCAGGACGAAUACAAUUGUGCAGAAAGUUGCGAAAAUAAUCAGUAUUUGUGUCCAACCGAGAAAUGGUGCAUCCCGCAAGCGUGGCAUUGCAAUGGAAUUACUGAUUGUGCUAAUGGAGAAGAUGAGAAAUUGUGCGACUGUGCCCUGGAUCAAUUCAAGUGUCAAACCGGUGGAUGCAUCCCUCAAGUUCAAGUCUGUGAUGGCAUCGAAAACUGCCCGGAUUAUUCGGAUGAGUGGGGUUGUCUGAUGGCCAACAUCACCGCGGAUAGAAAUCUAACUAUGGAAACAAAUACCGACAGUAACUCGGCGAGCGAACUCAUUAAUGGCGUGCCAUUCUUGAAGAUAAGACAACAUGAUGGUGAUUAUCGACUAGUCUGCUCGGACGGAUGGAGCGAAGAGUUUAGCAAUUCCUAUUGUCAGGCUUUGGGAUUCGCCGGAUCUGAUGAGACGAUCGAAUCGCCCGCGUGGAACAGAAGCCAGAAAAUUCUAAGACUGAAAACGAAUCCAAAUUAUCGCCUACCACUAGUCACGAAUCUAGAGGAAAUGGAAUUUUGCGUGUCGGACAAGGUCGUAAAAGUAUCGUGUCAGGAGUUUACUUGCGGUUUGCACUCUGCGGAGGAACCAACCGCAAGAUCGGCAAGUGGAAUUACAGCUAACAAUGAACAAUGGUCUACUGUAGCUUUGCUAAAAGAAUUAGAAGGAGGAACCGCUUGUACAGCCAGCAUACUUGGCCCCAUGCACGCUCUAGCCAGUUAUUCUUGUAUUUACAGACACAAAAAUAACAACAGAUGGCAACUUUUCGCUGGUGGGACUAUGCUAAAAGGGCACAUCGUUAAGAGUAUCGUGCCUUAUCCUCAAGUAAAGUAUAAUCAGUUCCUGUAUAAUCACGACAUUGCUUUAAUCGAAUUAGGAGAGCCGUUAGUAUUCUCCAGAAAUGUUAGCGCCAUAUGUCUCCCGAGACAACCUAUCCAGCCAAGGCAGAUUUGCGUAACGGUAGGAUGGGGAUUUCCUAUGAAUGAGGAAAUGAACUUGCAACAAUAUCUCAAAUUCUUGUCGGUUCCAACGGAUGAUUCCGAUAGAUGUAACGCUACGAGUCAUUAUGCAGAUUUCCUCACGGAACAUGAUAUAUGCGCGGAUAAAAGCCCUUGUUAUAAUGACGAAGGAGCGCCACUGAUGUGUGCCAGUGAAUCGCAGGGUUCGUCGGAAAGAUGGGAAAUUCAAGGCUUACUAAGUCAUCAUAGCAGAUGUUCGAGAGGUCAUCCAGCUAUCUACUCGAGUUUAGAACCAGCGCUCUCGUGGUUGCGCGAAACAGUGCCAGCUUUGCGAACGCAAAGCUAAAUCAUUAUUACACCGAUUUCUCGAAAUAUGUAAGAAACCGGUACUUCAUAUUAGGCAAAAA